AUGGCCGCUGCUGACUGGGGUAGAGUGCGGACACCUGCCAGGAACCUCGGGCCUUACCUGUGCACGUUCCGGUUCCCCAGCACGAACAUCAAGAUAACCUUCACCGCUCUGUCCAGCGACAGGAGGGAGAAGCAGGAGGCGUCCGUGUCCCCAGUGAAGCCUGUGCAGCCCCAGAUCUCACCCCUGACCAUCAACAUUCCAGACUCCAUGGCCCACCUCAUCAGCCCCCUGCCUUCCCCGACGGGCACCAUCAGCGCUGCAAACUCCUGCCCGUCCAGCCCCCGUGGGGCGGGGUCUUCGGGGUACAAGGUGGGCCGUGUGAUACCGUCUGACCUCAGUUUAAUGGCUGAUAGCUCGCAGCCAGAGAACGAGAAGGAGCCCUCAGGUGGAGACAGCCCGAAGGAUGACUCCAAGCCACCGUACUCCUAUGCACAGUUAAUAGUACAGGCAAUCACAAGGGCUCCUGACAAGCAGCUCACCCUGAAUGGGAUCUACACGCACAUCACCAAGACCUACCCCUACUACCGGACCGCGGACAAGGGCUGGCAGAAUUCGAUCCGUCACAACCUUUCUCUGAAUCGGUAUUUCAUCAAAGUGCCACGCUCCCAGGAAGAACCAGGCAAAGGCUCCUUCUGGAGGGUGGACCCUGCCUCCGAGAGCAAGCUGGCGGAGCAGGCGUUUAGGAAGAGGCGGCCUAGGGGCGUGCCUUGCUUCCGGACCCCCCUGGGACCACUCUCGUCCAGAAGUGCCCCUGCCUCACCCAACCAUGCAGGAGGACUGUCUGCUCACUCCAGCGGCGCACAGACCCCCGAGAGCCUGUCGCGGGAGGGCUCACCCGCGCCCCUGGAGCCUGAGCCGGGAGCGGCCCAGCCCAAGCUUGCGGUCAUCCAGGAGGCACGGUUCGCCCAGAGCGCACCAGGUUCCCCUCUGUCUAGUCAGCCUGUCCUGAUAACUGUGCAGCGGCCGCUUCCACAGUCGAUGAAACCUGUCACCUACGCAGUGGCCGCCCCCGUGACAACUUCGACCUCCCAGCAGCCCGUGGUGCAGACAGUCCACGUGGUCCACCAGAUUCCUGCGGGGGCGGUCACUAGUGUGACCGGGUUAGCACCAGCAAACACUUACACGGUCGCUGGCCCAGCAGUGGUCACCCAGGCAGCUGUGGUGACCCCGCCCAAGGUGGAGCCCCAGGAGAAUGGGGCUCAUGGAGAAGUGAAAGUGAAAGUGGAGCCUCUCCCUGCGAUUGGCCACUCCCCUCUGGGGGCCGCUGGCCGGGUCAUCCAGACGUCCCAGCCCGGUCCUGUCCAGACGGUCACCAUUGUGCAGCAGGCACCUCUAGGCCAACACCAGCUACCAAUAAAAACUGUAACUCAGAAUGGGACCCACGUGGUACCAGUGGCCGCUGCAGUCCAUGGACAGGUGAACAGUGCCGCUGCAAGCCCCUUACACAUGCUGGCGACCCACGCGUCGGCGUCGGCAUCCCUGCCCACCAAGCGUCAGAACGGCGAGUCGCCGGAGCAGCCAGAGCUGAAGCGGAUCAAGACAGAGGACGGGGAGAGCAUCGUCAUUGCUGUGAGUGUGGACACACCACCUGCAGCCACGCGGGACAAGGGCGUCCAGAACUAG